AGCAGUCACUCAACUCAGUCAGCCAAGAUUAAACCCGUAGCCAAAACCCAGAACCCCACAAGUCAUCGCCAUAAUCCCAGAACCAACCUUCCAGCAAUCGGCAUUAGACGGUGACAAAAUGAAGGAAAUACCGUUGUUGCUAAUGGGUUGUGGGGGCGUUGGCCGCCAGCUCCUCCAACACAUUGUUUCCUGCAGAUCCCUUCACGCCAAAUUGGGAGUGCAUUUGCGGGUUGUGGGAGUGUGUGAUAGCAAGUCAUUAGUGGUGGUUCCUGAUGUUUUUACUGCGGAGUUGGAAGAUUCUUUGUUGUUGGAGGUUUGCAAGGCCAAGUCCAGUGGAGCUUCUUUGCAUACACUUAGCAAUUUUGGUGUAUGCGAAACAUUUUCAAGUACAGGUGUUAUAAGAAAAGUCACCGACAUUGGUGGGCUUCUUGGUAGUUCAACAGGUUUGGCAUUUGUUGAUUGCUCAGCUAGUUCUGAGACUGUUGAAGUUCUAAGUAGAGUAGUGGGUUUUGGAUGCUGUGUGGUGCUGGCUAAUAAAAAACCACUCACUUCAUCCAUGGAACAUUAUGACAAGUUGGUUGCACAACAUCGUCGCCUUCGACAUGAAUCCACUGUUGGUGCAGGGCUUCCAGUCAUAGCAUCCUUAAAUCGUAUAAUUUCUUCUGGAGAUCCUGUCUAUCGAGUUAUUGGGAGUUUAAGUGGUACAUUGGGAUAUGUGAUGAGUGAGGUUGAGGAUGGAAAACCGUUCAGCCAAGUGGUUUGUGCUGCCAAAAGCCUUGGCUACACUGAACCAGAUCCUCGAGAUGAUCUUGGUGGCAUGGAUGUGGCAAGAAAGGCUUUGAUCCUUGCCCGGCUACUUGGACGCCGCUUAAAUUUAGAGAGCAUGAAGAUUGAAAGCUUGUAUCCCGCAAACAUGGGACCUGACGUGAUGCCAUUGGAGGAGUUUUUGAAGAAUGGCCUUCCCUUGCUUGACAAGGGCAUACGAGAAAGGACCGAAAAGGCUUCUUCAAAUGGGAAUGUUCUGCGCUAUAUAUGCUUGAUCGAUGACUCAAGAUGUGAAGUUGGCGUCCAAGAAGUUCCAAAAAAUUCUGCACUAGGAAGACUAAGAGGGAGCGAUAAUGUGUUGGAAAUAUACAGCCGAUGCUAUAAAGAACAGCCGCUAGUUAUCCAAGGUGCUGGCGCAGGGAAUGAUACAACAGCAGCAGGCGUCCUGGCCGAUAUCCUAGACAUUCAGGAUCUCUUUCCUUUCCUUGAUUGACGCUGUUAGUAUCAUUUUUUUGUGCUUUCGAGAAUAGAUACUCAGGAUAUGAAGUUAAUCGCCAUCUAUCUGGUCCCUGAUAAGGGCAAGAACAAUUGCUAUUGUCCUCUGACUAAACUAUAUUUACAGAAAAUUGAAGGUACUAACUUGAU